UCUCCCUCCCUUCCUCGCCGCUGCAGUCACCGCUUCGGCGAAGGCGAGCGAGGCUGAAAAGAGAGCCCCAAAGCUGGGUGUAAAAGCAGAGAAGUGACACCCCCUCCCCCCUCCACCGCGGUGGUGUGUUGAGCGUUCCUCGCCCCCGCACGGCAACCCACCGACUCCCACUUGCUGUAUCUCUGUCCACGUCGCCUGGAUUCGAUCAUCCGAACGGCACCAUGGGAAAUGAAGCCAGUUACCCCCUGGAGAUGUGCUCGCAUUUCGAUGCUGAUGAGAUUAAGCGGCUGGGGAAACGCUUUAAGAAACUAGACCUCGAUAACUCGGGCUCGCUCAGCGUGGAGGAGUUCAUGUCGCUGCCGGAACUGCAACAGAACCCUCUGGUGCAGAGGGUCAUCGACAUAUUCGACACUGACGGCAACGGGGAAGUGGACUUUAAAGAGUUCAUCGAGGGCGUGUCGCAGUUCAGCGUCAAAGGCGACAAGGAACAGAAACUUCGAUUCGCCUUCCGAAUCUACGACAUGGACAAGGACGGCUACAUCUCCAACGGCGAGCUCUUCCAGGUUUUGAAGAUGAUGGUGGGAAACAACCUGAAGGACACGCAGCUCCAGCAGAUUGUGGACAAGACCAUCAUCAACGCCGACAAGGACGGCGACGGCAGGAUAUCCUUUGAAGAAUUCUGCGCCGUGGUCGGCGGUCUGGAUAUACACAAAAAGAUGGUGGUGGACGUGUGAGCGCUCCCUGUCGUCGUCUUCUUCUUCCUCCUCCUUCUCCUCGUCCCCCCUCCAGUCGCUUUCUCCUCCAUCUCUGAAGAUCUGCUCAACUAGAAAAAAAAAACAACACGCUCCGGAUUCCAUCAGUGGAAGAAUUAUCUUUUUUUUUUUUUUUUUUUGCCCUGCGACUGGGAAUAGCCUUGCUAAAGUGUUAAGUGAAGAGCAAGUGCUACUACCGGUCACUUUUUU